AUGACCUGGGGGUCCGGUGAGCCUACGGGGCAAGAUCACCGCGCAGCAAUUGUGGAUGAUGGGGGGGAGGGCAGGCGAGGGGAGGGAGGACAGGGUACACGAAAAGGCAGGGAGAGGGACCGGUGGAUAACCCGAGCUACGGUCCGUGAGCGCGGGGGGAGCGGGGGGAGCGGCUGGGGGCGCGCAGCAGCUACCGUAGGUCCUCCGGCGCGGGGCGGGGCGGGGCCGGGCAGGGCAGCGGAGGGCUGCUUGCAGGGAGGCGAUGAAUCAAUCCGUCGGGAUUUUGUCGAUGGCGGCGGGAAGGGUUCAGAGACUGGCGAAGAACUAAAGAGCACGAGUGUCACGUGCGGCAUUUCAGUUCCGCUCUCCACUUGUGGGUUGGUUAGUCCGGGGGCCUCCGUAGAGGAACGACCGACGACAGGGCGAGAGUCGUCCUCUGCAUCGUUCGCGUCGUCGCGAGGGUCGGGGCCGUCCGCGACCUCUGCUCUUCGCGACUCGGGAACCGCGGAAGGUAAGCACGGAGGGGGAGUCCCGAACGGAACUCUCCCGCGGGUUGGUCAAAGCGGGCAUGUCGGAUGUCGGGACUCCGACUCGCUGCCGGAGGCCGGGGAAUUCGCGGGCAACGGAUUGACGGCGGGGGCCCGAGAGAGUGUGACGGACUGCGGUCACAAUCAGCCACUGGCCCACGCAGGGCCCGAGAGGGGGAAGAGAGAGCGACAGGGGAAGCUGCCAUGUUGUUGGGAGCCGCAGAACUUCCAACCUUCGAGCCACCGAGUUGAGGGCAGUCGAGCGAGUCGAGAAAAUCCAGUGCGCUUCGACGCGCGCAAGCUUGGGCUCAUAGCCCAGCUUCUAAGUUGUGCUGCUCUGCUGGUGCUGCUGGGGGCUAUUAUCUUGGCCUCCUGGAACCUGCAGGGCUGCUGGCUAUCCGUGCUGAGGCUGAAGCAGUCGAAAAGUGAGAAAAGUAGGCUGGGCCUGAAAUUGCAGCAGUUGGUUGGAGGGAGGGUGCAACGUGCGUUUUGUUUUUUAGGUGGUGGAGAGGGGAGAGGGGAGAGGGGAGAGGGAGGGAGGGAGGGAGGGAGGGAGGAACAGUUGAGGAGGGAAAAGGGAUGGACUCGGGGUCGUUCCCAUAAGUAG